CACCUGAACUCAUCCCGACGUCUCUACCUCUCCAGUCUGAGGCAUGCCCACUUGUAUAAUUUGCCUAGACUUUCUCAAAGACCCGGCUGCACUUCCGUGCGGCCAUGUAUUCUGUCACCCUUGCAUCGUCCAAGUGGUUCGUAAGGUCACACCAUAUACACACCACCACUUCUGUCCGACAUGUCGGCACCCAUACACUAUCGCGCAAGUGGACCCUACCCUGGUCCCGCAUCAUCUUCAACCACACGUUACCCCUUCCGUUCGCAAGCUUCAGCUGGAAUAUUCCAUUCCAUGUACCACGGCAUCGUCUUCUGCAACCCCAGAAUGCGAUCGGCUUCGGGCAGAAGUCGCAUCGCUCCGUCACUGCUGCACAAUGUGGCGAAAACGCGCAGCAGUUCAUGCGGCAGCCACGUUAGGACUCGUUGGCCUCACGCGAGUUGCCCGCGACGGCGCGAUCAAGAUGAAGGCGGAGAGGGACGAAUUCGAGAAGAAAUACCUCGCUUUGAAGCAGACAUUCGAGGAGACACAGACAUUGUCGACAUUCCCACCUCAGCCCCGCUUCUGUCAGAAGCUCUGUGAGACGCCGCUGGCUCUCAGUCCGAUGCCGUCGCGGCCCGCAUCAUGCGCUUCAUUCCGCCUGCCCUCUCCUUCUCCGAGCGACGAGAGCUACUGCUCGGAUUGCUCGGAGUGCAAGCCUCUGCAGAAGCGGAAGCGCGAGGAGUGCUUCGACAUGCCGCUCAAGCGCACCCGCUCGAAUUCCUCUCGCACAGAGUCGUCUCCUGAGAUGUCGAAGCUGACCAUCAAAGAAUGUCCUCAAGAGACGUAGGGCUCGACAUAUACUUCUUUACACAUUCUUCAUUCAUCUUGCGACCAGGCGAACUGUUUGUCAAACGUUCAGGAUGUUAGUCGGGGCAUCCGCCGUGAUACCAUGAGCUCCUCCCGCUUACACACCAGCACCUCUCAAUUUGUUUCUGUCCCGUCCUGCUAUGUAGCAAUCAGGCUGUACAUUCACGUCUUAUUUCACUGGGUUCUUCAAUUAUUCCGUCAGCAGUUC